UCUUCAUUCCGCCUCCUACCACCCCUCGCCUCGGGAUUAAUUCUGUUCCGCUAAUACCCCCCCGUCUUCCUGCCGCGUCCCGUCCGUGAGAAGAGUUUGUCAUUCAUCGCCAGUGCGGGUACGCACUUUUUUCCCUACAUGGACAACGUCGCAGACAGUGAGAUGCUCGUCGAUGAAUAUGAGCAGUACCACAAUGACAGAACCGACGAAGUUGUCGUCUCUCGGUCCGGUUCGGAGGACCCGGAGCCAGAGCCUCUUGCUGAUGACCAUGCAGCAAUGAUGGCCCGGAUCCUUCCGAAGGACCCCGAUCUGGAAACCGAAGAUGAGACAUAUCACACAUGGCACAUUCAGGAUUGGCGGAAACUUAAGAAGAAAGAGCACGGCCCGGUCUUCCAGUGCGCUGGCUUUCCUUGGCGGGUCCUAUUCUUCCCAUACGGAAAUCACGUCGAGCACGCAUCGUUCUACCUGGAGCACGCCUGGGAGAAUGAACCUCCGGCGAACUGGUAUGCUUGCGUUCAGUUUGCUCUGGUCUUGUGGAACGUGAAUGACCCGUCGAUCUACGUCCACCAUGUCGCUACACAUCGGUUUAACUCGGAUGAGGGAGACUGGGGUUUCACCCGAUUCUGUGAGCUGCGCCGGCUCUUUAGCAUGCCGUGGGAGGGCCGUGGGGUUCCUCUGGUGCAAAACGAAGAGGCCCGGGUCACGGCCUAUGUCCGCGUCGUCAAGGAUCCGACUGGUGUAUUGUGGCACAGCUUCCAAAACUACGAUUCGAAGAAGGAGACCGGCAUGGUCGGGUUGAAGAAUCAGGGUGCGACAUGUUACCUCAAUUCGCUUCUGCAGUCUCUAUACUUUACCAAUUCCUUCCGGAAGGCCGUCUACGAAAUUCCCACGGAGGCCGAAGCCUCCCGAGACAACAGCGCCUGGACGCUCCAGAGACUGUUCUACAAUCUUCAAACAAACGAGAACUCCGUGUCGACAACCGAGCUUACGGCAUCCUUCGGUUGGGAAUCCCGACAAAUCUUUGAGCAACAGGAUGUCCAGGAACUGUCGAGAAAGCUCAUGGAGAGGAUGGAGGAAAAGAUGAAAGGCACACCGGCAGAAAAGGCACUUCCGGAGCUCUUCGUCGGAAAGACAAAGACCUACAUUUCCUGCAUCAACGUUGACUACGAAUCAUCGCGUGUGGAGGACUUUUGGGAUAUCCAGCUUAAUGUCCGAGGCAACAAGACACUAGAUGAUAGCUUCAAGGACUAUAUCCAGGUGGAGACGCUCGAGGGUGAGAACAAGUACGAUGCCGGGCAACCUUACGGUCUCCAGGACGCGAAGAAGGGUGUCAUCUUCGAGAGCUUCCCCCCUGUCUUGCACCUUCACUUGAAGCGGUUCGAGUACGACAUCCACCGCGACGCUAUGAUGAAGAUCAACGACCGUCACGCCUUCCCCAUGGAAUUCGACGCCACUCCAUACCUUUCCAACGACGCCGAUAAGUCGGAACCCUGGAUUUACCAGUUGCAUGGUGUUUUGGUGCAUAGUGGCGACCUCAAUGCUGGCCAUUAUUAUGCCUUUUUGAAGCCCACUAAAGACGGGUUCUGGUACCGCUUCGAUGACGACCGGGUGACCCGAGCUACUGACAAGGAAGUUCUCGAAGAGAACUACGGUGGCGAGUAUGAACUGGCCAACGGAGCGGCCGGUGUCAGACAGCCUUACACUCGCGGCUUAUCGACGAAACGUUCCAUGAAUGCUUACAUGCUCGUUUACAUUCGGAAGACCAGAUUGGACGAUGUACUCUUACCUAUCACCAAAGACGAAGUCCCCUCUCAUAUCGAGCAACGACUUGUAGAGGAACGGCUCGAGUCGGCACGCCGGAAGAAGGAACGGGAAGAGGCUCACCUGUAUAUCAAUGUUGGCGUUCUGAGCGACGAUACUUUCAAGUCUCACCACGGGUUUGACCUCACGAGCACUGAGCUCCCAGCCGGCGAUCCCGCGGUGCCGAAGCAAUACAGAAUCCUCCGGGCUCAGAAGGUCGGAGAGUUUGCACAGCAGCUUGCAGAAGAGAAGGGGGUCGAUCCCGAGCGGGUCCGCUUCUGGGUUAUGGUGAACCGUCAGAAUAAGACGACUCGCCCGGACCAAGUCAUCAAGGAUCAGGACAUGACAGUUGAAGAUGCUUACAACCGAUAUGGCACCAAAGGAAAUCCAUUCAAGGUGUGGAUGGAAGUUGGCCAGCCUUCCGCCGACGGAACGGUGUCCUGGCCCGACAGCAACUCGGUGCUGGUUUUCCUGAAGCAUUUCGACGCCCCUUCUCAAAUCAUUUCGGGAGUUGGUGCCGUCUACGUCCGCAAAACACAGAAGGUUGCGGACCUCGCCCCUGUCAUCCUUGAGAAGAUGGGUUGGCCUGCGGGCACCGAGUUCAUGCUGUUUGAAGAGAUCAAACAUAACAUGAUCGACGUCAUGAAGCCCAAGCAGACCUUCCAACAGUCUGAGAUCCAGGACGGAGACAUCAUCACCUUCCAAAGAACGAUCAAGGAAUCGGACCUGCCUGCCACCGCACUGUACACAGACGCAAGGCAGUAUUACGAUUAUCUCCUGAAUCGGAUCAAUAUUACCUUUGCUCCCGUCAAGGCUGAAGAAGGUGACGAGUUCACUCUUACCCUGAGCCGCAAGAUGACAUACGAUCAGUUCUCGAAGAAGGUCGGCGAGCAUCUGAAUGUGGAAUCGACGCACCUGCGUUUCGCCCCGGUUCUCGCAAGCACGGGCAAGCCCAAGCCGUUCAUCAAACGGAACCCUAACCAGGCUAAUCAGACGUUGUAUCAUAUCACCGGCGGACAAGCGAGUACUUACGGAUACAGCAUGCAUCGCCAGGAUGCCCUGUAUUAUGAGGUUUUGGAAACCAGCUUGAGCGACUUUGAGUCCAAGACUUGCCUGAAGGUUACGUGGCUUCCUGAAGGUAUCACCAAAGAGCAACUGGUGGAGGUGUUGGUUCCUCGUGAUGGAACCAUCGCAGAUCUCAUUGCCGGGUUACAGAAGAAAGCGAACCUGGACGACGAGACCGUCAGUGAAAUUCGUGUCUAUGAGACCCAUGGCGGUAAGAUUUACCGGGAAUUCCAACACGACUCGAAGAUUUCUGGCAUCAACGAAUUCGUGUCGCUAUACGCUGAAAGGGUUCCUGAAGAAGAGGCCAACAUGCAGGAGGGCGAACGGACAAUAAAUGCCUUCAAUUUCGAUCGCGAGGUCAACCGGCCGCACGGUGUGCCGUUCAAGUUCGUUAUGAAACCUGGUGAGAUCUUCAAGCAGACCAAAGAGAGACUCUCCAAGCGUACAGGCGUCAAGGGCAAGCAGUUCGAAAAGAUUAAGUUUGCCGUUGUGUCUCGCAAUAUGUACUCCUCCAACCCGCGUUACGUGGAAGAUGAUGACAUCCUCUCCGAUAUCAUUGGUGAUUCGGACGACCUGCUUGGUCUCGAGCAUGUAAAUAAGAACCGCAACUUUUGGAACCGGAGCGAAUCGUUCUUCAUCCGAUAGAUGGGGCUGGUUUGAUGGUUACGUUUGUGCAUGUCUCAUGCUGCUGGACAGUCCACCUUACGAUUGGCAGGAAUACAUACCAUUAUGGACAUACGGAGGACAUGCGUUGCUCAGAAGAUUCGGCUUAUGAUGAAAGGGGAAAAAACAUACGUGAUACAUGAUGACUAGUGAGGGUUGCUGCGUGGUGGUCCUGUCCGUUAGCUUAGAAGGGCAGACCUUAUGGUCUCUUUAUGAUGUGCUUUUACCAACUGGAAUUGAUGUAUGACCUACA